AAUCGCUCCGAUAACAAGAGCCGCACGGCCGCGCGGAGCAUCAACAGCGAAGAGGGCAAUGGAUGACUGACGAGCUGGGGAGGGAGGAAGCAAAAAAGGACAUACCAACCAACCGGCAGCAGGGAAGGAAGGGAAUGCAGGACGAAUUGGGGACGCGACCGAGCAAGAAUAAAGAAACCGCGAUAAAACAACGAAAAAAUGAUACUAACCAAGAAGGAAAGGGACAAUAAUAUCCGUAAUCCGAGCAGAGCGACUCGGGAUGGCUGGUACCAGGGCAAGACUCAGGCAGGUGUGGAUGGGUCUGCGUGCCGGUCUGGGUCUUUCUUUUGCCUUCACAAGUGAGGAAACGGACGAGAAACGGGCUAAUCAGCUGACGUUUGCUCCGGGGGAUCUGGCCGGUAUUCGAUCACUUCCAGCUCCAGCUCCAGAUUCUUUUUAAUUUUUGGUCCCGAGCUCCCCUGAUUCGAUCUCCAGAUAAGAUGCUAGACGCGAUCCAAUCGUUGGAUUGCACAAGAACGUGGGGUGGUUUGGGUGGUUUUCCCCCCGACUUCCUAGUAGUGGCUUUUUUGGCGGGCUUUUUCUUUGCGGCGGGAGGGAAAGGAGAAGGAAGAGGAGAAAGAAGGGGAAACGGGCGCGAGAAAAGGUCGACUGAGAGUAGUAACAGGCGCUCUUCUGCGCUGCCCGGUCCGUUACAAGUCUGGUCUGCUCGGGUUCCGUGUGUGAGGGCAGAAUGGCUAAGGGAAGGGGGCAGCUGGGCUGGUGCCAGCAGCACCAGGAGAAUCUCCUGCGAUCAGCAACCGGUUCGCAGGGCCUUUAGGAACUCUCAUGAAGCCAUUCCAG